AUGGUGUUAAUGCAUGCUUAUUCUCAUGCAGACAACACGUCGGCCCAAAGGAAGACUAUUGUCUGGCAGAAAUUUGUUUGCACAUGUGUUGAUAUCAUGAGUGUUGGCAAUGUGUCUGCUACACUCAGUGGUGUUCCUGUGCUUAGUGGCACAAACUUUAAGACUUGGAAAAACAAGGUGACACUUGUUUUGGGAUGUAUGGAUCUGGACCAUGUAUUAAGAGAACCACGUCUUGCACCUCUUACAGAUCAAAGCUCUCUUGAGGAUAAGAGAGUUUUUGAGAGGUGGGAGAGGUAUAAUCACAUUGGUUUGAUGAUCACAAAUAAUACAAUCCCGGAGACUUUUCUGGACACUAUGUCUGAGGAAAAUGAUGUUAGGCACUUUCUUGACAUCCUUGAGGAACGCUUCGUAAGAAGUGAUAAGGCGAAGAUGAGUGUUGUCUUAAGGAAACUUGUCUCUAUGUGGUAUAAGGGUGAUGGGAACAUACGUGAGUACGUUCUCGACAUGUUUUAUCUAGCUGGGAAAUUGAAAGACUUAAAAAUUGAAUUGCCAGAAGAUGUUCUGGUGCAUUUGGUUUUGAUUUCCCUCCCUCCUCGAUUCAGUCAGUUUGAAGUGAGCUAUAACUGUCAGAAGGAUAAGUGGACAUUGAAUGAGCUCAUCUCACAUUCGGUACAUGAGGAAGAUAAAAUGAAAAAACAUAAAGUUGAGAGUGCGCAUUUGACAUCUUCUAACUCAGGCCCUAAAAAAAAAGGAAAUACGAUAAAGCUGCGGCACCUAAAUCGUGUAAGAAGGCCAAAGGCCCUGAAAUAG